CUAUAGAUUAUAGAUCUGUUUUUAUUGUUACGAUUCCAGUUAUCAUGGUAGACUUUUUAGACGAACUUGUGCCAGUUCUCUAUUAGUGUUGCUUGGAACUAAUAAUUCUCAGCUUACAAUUUUUAACUAAAGCCAUUGUGACAAAGGUUCCAUUUCUAUCAACCGAGACUUACGAGUGCCCUGUUCUCAUUGACUCGCCGCGCUUAAUUCCCCACUUCACCCCAGCUCUGGUCGGCGAGAGAGGUCACGCUUUUGGUCAUUAAUUUCAACACCGGACACUCGAGCAACAAAGGCGUGACUGAUUGAUUUGAUCACAAUUUCUACCCUCCCCUGGGGCACGCCCCAUGGCCAACUCCCAUGGGUGAGCGAAUCAUCCCUCCACCCCUAACGAUGAGAGGCGGGGUCCUAGAGCCGCUGGAGCCCGUGGACAGGGACAACCACAUGUCCCUACAGGCGGUCAUUGUCAAAAACGGGAAAAUAUUCAUCGACAGCAUCGACCCGCUGGACGAUGGCGCUAACGACGAGAAUAAAAGGAUGGAAGAAGAGAUAGAUCGUCUUACAGGAGGGGACGACGACGACUUUAUCGACAACAGCAAGUUUUCCCAGGAGGCGUUUGAUUACUUUAUGCGUGCUAAUGAUAAUGAGGACGAUAUAAUGAUCUACAACCAGCUGAAGCCGGACAAGGAGGGAAACAACAGGAGCAACGGUCAAGCGGAAUUCCAACACGACCACCGGCACCACUUUGAACAGUACGACUUUCACCCUCAGCAUUACCACGAAGGAAGCGACGGGUCCAGUUUUCUUCCCGAAGUUCUCGACGACUUUUCUGGCAAUCACGUGACUCAGCAAGGGAAAGGGAACUCUGGCAACGAUAAGGGCAGUAACCAUGUGUAUCUGCGGCACGGGUCACCGGUCAGUAUAUUACACGACAUUCGGCAGCUGGCCAACUAUUGUUAUAGCGGCCAAGAGAAAGACUACCCCGACCCUGACGGUGACCACCCCAAGGACACGAGCAGGGGAGGUCACCGGUACCGUGACAGUUUAAACCUGGAGGAGUACUCCACCUUUGAUGAUGACGUGGACAGGCUGCUGAGCGAGGACAUGGACGCCUCGUGGCGUUACGUCCCCUUGUACCCUGAACAUUAUUAUGGCUCUGGCCAGGAAGUCCAACGUGUCAGCGUCAUCACAGACUUGCCCAACUUGCUCAGAGACAACAACGCAGAAUGCAUGAGACGUGUGGUGCCCAAGGUCAGGGAGGUUCUAUAUGUGGCCAACAUGGACAUGCAGCUGGCGGCCGCCACAGCCUUCCUGCAGAUCCUAGAGAGGAAGUUGGUCUCAGUGGAGGAGUACAAGAGGACCUUUCUACAGACCAUACUAACUUCUGUGGACAAUAAAAAUGAAGAGGCAGCCAACGCCUGGCUUGAGACCCUGCUGUGCUGCAUUGAUCUGCUGCCUAAGGAAGUGGUGAAAAAAGAUAUCCUCCAUGGAGAAAACUCUAUUCUUUCUAUAGCAGUAAACAAAGGGCAGUUGAGUCAGACAUUGCAAGCAAGGCUUUCAUGUUGUAAGAUCCUUGGCAAAGUCUCCUCCAAGUUUGAGAGUUUUGUAGUGAAGAACGAUGUGUUGCCUGUAGUUUUGUCCCUGUGUGGAGAUGUGGAGUACGAUGUUAGAGCCUGCAUGUGUCAAAGGCUGGAUGUGGUGGCCCAUGGAUUAGGUCUAGAUUUAACAAAGUCCAAGCUCUUACCUCAGCUGAUUGAGCUGUCAGAAGACGAGUCCCCCAGUGUUAUCUGUGCCUGUCUUGAGACUACAGCUAACAUUAUCUCCAUGCUGGACAGAGAGGCCAAUGAAAAAGCCAUCAUACCCAUGGUGAAAGAACUGCUGGAGAAAGCCAUCAUGAAAGUGGACAUAACUCUUCCUGUGGCUUCAAGACUGUUUGGUCGUUUAUGUCACAGCUUGUUAGAGUACAUGACAGUAGAAGACAAAAGUUAUUUUCAAGAAUAUUUUAAGAAGUUGUGCAAGAUUGGAGUGUCAGAGAAGAAACAUAAGGAGGACACACACAGGUUGAUGGAUGGAUUAGAUGUGUUUGAACCAAGUCCAGACGCCAGCACUGAUACAAGGCGCUAUGCUGCGUAUAAUUUUCCUGCAAUGGUGCUGUUUGUAGGACCCAAAUUAUUCCGGUCAGAACUCAACACCAGCUUCAGUCAGCUGUGCAAGGACCCCCACCUUAUAGUCAGGAAAACACUGGCUGCGGGUUUUCACGAGGUUGCUCGGUUGCUUGGCUUAAAUGUUGGGGUUUUGUUUACUGAGCUGAAUACACUGCUUAAUGAUGCUGAUAUUGAGGUUUUAAAAGCAAUAAUUCCAAACUUCCAAGACAUCAUGUCACCACUAGCCAACCAGGGAUUUGAUCAGUUCACAGAGAACAGGGCCCAUGCUGUGGAGGAGGUUGUGAGCAACUUCCUGAAGGCUGAGAACGUUGUCUUCAAUUGUCCCUGCUGGAGGACACAGGAAGCCUUGCUCCGCUCCAUGCAGACCCUACACUUGUUGUGUAGCAACGACUUCAUCUACAACCAAGCUGUGCCUCUGUUACUGGACAAGCUCAGAUAUGGGCGGGCGCUGCCAGUGAAAGUAACGGCAGCUAAAACCUUGUCUGUGCUUACAAGACAUCUCAAGUACAAGGCCCAGAGGGAUGACAUUUUAAACACAAUUAAAGAAGAGUUCCGUGAGAGCAGAAGUUGUUACCAGCGCAGCCUUUUUAUAGACCUGGCCCGGUGCUACCUGGAGGUCAACUCCAAGCAGGCUUUCAAAGAGAACUUGUACGAGGUGAUCCUCAACAUGAAGUCUGACCGUGUGGCAACUGUCAGACUCAAACUGUUGAGUCUGUUCCCCGAGAUGAAGAGAAGCUUGAAGCUGCCCAAAGACCAGAGUCUGCGCACGGCCCUGGACACCGUACUGAGACAGAUUAUUGUUUAUGAUAAAGAUCACGAUGUACAGCAGGUGGCACAGCAGAUAUCUGAUGAAUUAACUUUGAUACAAGAAGGAAGUGACAGCACAAGAAACAACAGGAGAAACUUAUCAGCUGAAGAAGAAGAAGAUUUGAAGAGGGAAGAUGAAGAGAAAGAGAUGUUGUUAAGGGAGGAGAAAGACAAACGUGAAGAGGAAUCAAAGUUAGCUAAAGGAUCAGAAAAAAGAAAUUCUGUUACUGGAAAUAAAAAAGAUCCACUGUCUAAAAUACCAGCUACUAAGAAAUCUCCUGCCUCCACGGGUCUCGGCUCCAUGAAGUCUCCCCAAUCUACUAGCAAGGAAAUUUCAGGCAAGCGUGGCUCCAUCCCAUCGUCAAAUACAACUGGUAUUCCAAAUUCCAAAGCCAUCAUGUGUGAUGAAAAGCACCCAAACAUUUGUCUUAUCAAGUCUAAAUCUACCACAUGCAUUCCAUCUUUAAUACCUCGACUGGAACAUAGACCAAGCACGCCCCCAAAGAAGGAGUCAGUCAGGCGUAUCCCAGUACUGGUCACAACAAAACCAGCACUAACUACCUUGUCUCCGAGCAUGUCUGUCAACAAGAAAUCCUCGCCAACCCCAGUUAAGAAAGUCACCACCAACUCAUCUUCCCCAGCACUAAGUUCUCCUGGAGUUGCCUCAACAAGCCGAGCCCCAGUGAACAACGUGUUUGCUAGACGUGGCUCUAUGGGCAGUGCCAACAGCACCUUGAGUGAUUCUUCAGGGAAAACAAAAUCUACAUCAUCAAAGUUAACCUCUGCACCAAGAACUCCUAAAAAACCAACCAAAUAAAAGGAUAUCUGAAGGAUAUCUAAACAUUGGAAAUGUUUAUUUUUAAUGCAACUUGUGCCACCAUCUUUGAAAACCAUUGAACUAAAAUCUUUGGUGCUGCUCUGACCUAGUUUGUGCAGCACUGGACACGAGCCACAUAGUGGUAGAACCUGGAGAACGCUUCCACUAAGAUGGGGGAAUCAUUUGGUAUUUAGCCAUCAUCACUAGAACAAUUUCAUAAACAGUUGGAUUUAAGUAGGUCUGGAUCCAACGCUUUACACCUCCUUGCCAAACUAGUAAUUCUUCAUUUUUUAAAUAAUGCAGUAAAUAUACAUUUAAAUAAUUGUGGAGAUGUAUUGAAUUUAUACCUUAACUCUGAGAAAAUGUGGGAUUGAAGUUUGCAUUUUACUUUGUGGUAAAUGACUGUGAAAAUGAGUACUUAAUGAAAACAAACAUAUCGCUGAUCAGAUAUUUCAUCUGUUAAUUUUCAAUGUUUAUUUUUUACAUUCUUAUUUAUUGUUAAAACUGUUGUUGUUAAAGUAAAUGUGAUAGUCUAUAAUUAGAAAUUUUGAUGUGUGAAGGAAUCUAAUUAUCCAAUGACACCAGUAAUGGCUUGUUUAAUUACCCUUGACUUCAAUGGAAGUGUGAAAAUGUAUCUUGCCAUAGAAGCCUUUGUAAAUGAAACAAUAGGCUUGAAAAAACAUGCUUGUUUGAAAAUUUCUUGACUUGCACCAAUUUUUUUGUACUUGUAAAACAGAAUUUUUGUAAUAAUAAAAAUACUGGUAAGGAAAGAAACAAGUUAAACAAGAAAGAACAAUUUUUACUUUUUUGCAUUAACUUUCUUGGCAAAAUCUGUUUUAAAAUAUUUUUUUAAAAUCCUAACCUUCAUUGAAUUUUUUUUUUAAAUUGUAAAAUGUUUUUAAUUCUGUAAGAGUAAACCCUUGCCAAAAAGGCUGCACUAGAAGAAAUUGACACCAAACUUUGUAUGUCUGUAGGUAAGUACUUGUUAGGGGAAACCGAGUGAAAGAUUUUGUUAAAUCUCUAGAUUAAAAAAAUCUUCAUUGCUUUAUUAUGUUUCACAUUCCAGAAAGUUCCAUUUAAGCAAGUGAAUUAUUUUCUGAGCUUUUAUUUUGAAAUGUUUUUGGCUUUGACAUGUAUCAUUUUGUACCGUCCACCCUCGAUGACACAAUUACAUUUUGAUUUGCUACCGUCCAUUUUCAUUGCUUUACUCAUUUGUUUAUGGGCUUUAUUUUAGUUUACAUUAGAAUUACAAGCAUCAACUAACAUUAGAUCAUUUUUGCACUAAUAUUUGCUAAUCAAGUCCGAGGAUUUUGAAAACAAUGGAUCAGUGGGAUCUAACGUUUUACAUUAUUGUUAAAAUG